CUCUGCCGUCUACAAGAAGUUGACUGGCAAGGAUGUUGUCUUUGAAUUCCCUGCUGUUGUCGACUUGUAAAUUCAAAAAACUACAUGGCCACUACCUUUAUUUCCGAGUUGCACAAUUAAAUAAAAAAGAGAAACUCUUACAGACAUUGGUACCAUUCCAAAUUUAGGCAGGCGGGGAUGAGGUUAGUAAACUUGCAGGACAGUGGGCACACCGGAAUCCGAGAAUUCUUUGAAAUACAAUAGUUUCUCGCUUACCUUGACUUUUGUCCUUUGGUUGUCUACACAUAUUCUCUUUCCGUUAUCUUUUCGAACAUGCGCAUCAUUUUGGGGUGAGUUUUGUACGUGAUUGUUGAUGCAGAAUGGAGCAUUUUAUAUUCGCAUUUUGCACAGUACCGCAAGCAUGGGGAAACAAGAAGUUCCCAAUAUUGUUCACAAUGCAGACCAAGUGAACACCAUAUUGGACGCUUUUGCUUCCUUGGGACACUCGGAUAUUGACACAGCCCGUUGUUAUGCUGAUGGUACUUCGGAAUACAUCCUGGGAGAAGUAAAGGCGGUCACUCGAUUUCGUAUCUCCACAAAGAUCCUCGCCGUCAAACCGGGGGAUCACCGACCGGAAAACCUGAAAAGACUCGUGCAUGAAUCGCUUACGGCGCUUCAAACGAACAAAGUUUCUAUUCUUUAUUUGCAUGCUCCUGAUAGAGGAACACCAUUGGAACUGUGUAUGCAAGGCAUCCAGCAGCUUUAUGAAGAAGGUCUAUUUGAAGAGUUUGGUUUAUCCAAUUUUUCGCCAGCUGUAGUCAAGGAAGUAUGCGAGGUGAUGCAAAAAAACAAUUGGAUUAUGCCAUCGGUAUAUGAAGGGCUGUACAAUUUCCUUUCUCGACGAGUCGAAGAAGAAUUGUUCCCUCUGCUUGAUCAGUACCAUAUGCGCUUUCAUGCCUAUAGUCCUCUUGUAGGAGGUUUUCUUGAUCCAAAGCUGCGACAUGGAAAUGAACAGCUUAUUGUCAAAGGUUCCCAAUUUGACCCGGAGUUCUUUGUUGGCAAAAUGUAUAGAGAAUGGUAUUGGCAUCCUUGUUAUUUUGAAGCGGUCGAUCGCGUACAUGAUACCGUGCAGCAAUUUGGUAUGUCGGCUUUCGAAGCAGCGAUGCGAUGGAUUGUUUUUCAUUCAAACCUGGAUACUGGACGUGGAGACGGUGUGAUUAUCGGAGGCUCUACUUGCGAUGAGUACUUGCAGAAUUUGUCUUGGACAACCGCCGGCCCUUUACCCGAGGUCGUCCUUCAGGCAAUGGAAAAAGCUUGGACCUCAACAUCCGCCGAGUGCCGUUCUCCCUGGAUGUAGCAUUUGCUCGGGGUAGUUGCAAUAAAGAACUUGAUCCAAUUAGUCCAACGUCCUCAUCCGUAAAGUCUUUAUAAUCGGGGAUUUUCUUUUUAAUAUUUGUCAUUUCAGUUUUCACUUAAAAUC